GUCUCGGUCUCACGGCUCUUCAUCUACCUGCUGCGCGCUCCUCUUCCUCCUCCUCAUGAUUGGCUCUCUGCGCUGAAAUCUCCGUGAAUGAUUUCAAACCCGAGUGUUUGGACUCGGAGGAGGGGGCGGCUGCUAAUUCCGAGCUAGCAGGGUGGGAAAGGCUUCAAUCCUGCGUCCGCCAACACAGCAACCUCGGCAAAGAGGCUUAUCGCGCUGCCGUCGCUGGGAAGGGAGAAAGACAGAAAAUCUCUGUUCGGCUCCGGGUUGUUUCUACGCGCUUUUUCUGUUUGUGUUCACGUCGCUUGAAUGGAGCGAAGACUGCGCACAUUGGACUUGUAAGCUGUGUUGACAGUCGCUACAAUUGAACCCCGAAAUUUUAAAUCUGUGGCUUGUUAUAUUUUAAGCCUUUUUUGAGAGUGAUAUAGCAGCACGUUUCUUCAAUUUCGUUCAGCAUUUCUGUCAGCCAUGAUUCUGAAGCCGAUCCAGCGUUUGCAGCUCGGUUAGUCCUCGGUUUUUAAAGUCGAUUAUUUUAAAGAGCUGAGACCGUCAUGGCGAAGAAUCCGUCCGAAUCAGCCGGGGAUGACCUCGGCCAGCUGACGGACGAGGAGCUGCUCCGGUGCAGCAAAGAGGAGCUCCUCCGGAGACUGAGGCGGGUGGACGGGGAGAAGAUGAACCUGAUGAUCGAGCAUGGGAACAUGAUGAAGGACAUCAACCGCCGGCUACAGGUGCAUCUGCACGAGAUCCGCAGCCUGAAGGAGAUCAACCAGAAGCUGCAAGACGACAACCAUGAGCUCCGGGAGCUCUGCUGCUUCCUGGACGAUGACCGGCAGAAGGGUAAGAAGCUGUCCCGGGAGUGGCAGCGCUUUGGCCGCUACACCGCCAGCGCCAUGUGGAAGGAGGUGGGCUCCUACAUGAUGAAGCUGAAGGAGCUGGAGGCCAACCAGGAGACCGUCCUGAGGGAGAACUCGGAGCUGAAGGAGAUCAUCCUCAUGUUGGAUGAGGACAGGAAUGGAGCGGGCUCCAGGAGCUCCAUAGACAGUCAGUCCAGUUUGACCAACUUGAAUGGGGGCACUGGAACAGUCAGGGAUGUUGGGGACGGAAGCAGCACCUCCAGCACAGGUAGCGCAGGCAGUCCGGAUCACCACAACCACAUACACAAACCUGCCACGGAGAACAGUAAGAUGGGCCCCACCAUGAGGAGGUCCAUGGAUGACUUGUCAGCGCCCCACCAUCAUCGGAGCAUCCCCAACGGACUCAAUGAUUCUUCCUCCAACUACAUCCGGCAGCUGGAGACUAAAGUUCGCAUCCUGGAGGACGACAACAACAAGCUCCUCUCGCAGGCUCAUAGCCGGUAUAGCUUAUCACAGAUACAGACCAAGAAGUGUAACCCAGGUGACCUGAGAGCCCUCAGGAAGGGGAUGACCCUCUACCACUCUGAGUCCCAGCUGUCCUCACUACCGCAGCGACAGGAAGCCAUGCACAUGGGUCGCCUCCCAAACAGCGAGUCCUCUCCAGCCACUGGCUACUUGUCCUGUGUCCAGAAGCCUGAAGCGGUGGUCCAUGCCAUGAAGGUGCUGGAGGUGCAUGAGAAUUUGGACAAGCAAGCGCCGGAGGACUAUGAAGACGAUCUCAGUGAGAAAGAGAAGGCCAUUGUGCGAGAGAUGUGCAACGUGGUGUGGAGGAAGCUGGGUGAUGCUGCUGGAUCAAAGCUGUCCAUCAGACAGCAUCUCUCUGGGAACCAGUUCAAAGGACCGCUGUAGCACAACAACCACAUCCACUGGAGCUACGCUCACCUGAAAACACCUCGUGCUCCCUGCGUCCGAGUCCUCCCCGUCCCCUGGAGGCCGUCUCCAUGGACCCUUUAGUCUGCACUACGCUCCACUGGCGUCAGGUUUUGGAGAAUUGGCAGCUAGUUUUACAGAUAUGCCACUUUUUCCUCAAGUUUUUUUUUUUCUUUGAACAUUCACAACAAAACAUUGAAGCGACACUAAACCACCACGUGGUUUUAAGCACAGGACUGGAGAGAUCGAGGUGGUCUUUUAGGAUUAGUACCUCCAGUAGUGUCACCCUACUAAUGGCAAAAGCAGAUAUAGCAUUAGGCCUUCGCUGUACGCUACACAACCAUGGUGAAAUGUCUUCAAAUCAGAGCUCCCAUAGCGCACCACAACAGUUUAUUUUUUGUUUUUUUGGCCUCCUUUUUGAUUGGCGUACGGCGGGCUAGCGUGAAUCCCACUGUGACCUAGCACCUUCUGCUCAUAAAGUUUAUGAAAAGUCUAGCGAUCACUGUUAACUUGUGUAUAUUCUGUAUAAACCAUAGCACUACUUCAUUGUUGAUUUUACGAUCAUGUCUUUUGUACUCUAGCGUGGCCAUGUGAUCAACGACUUAGUUCAAGUGAACAUCGACGGGACCUUGAGGUUCUUUCCAUUAACUCUCUGAACAUAUACGGAGAGCACUCCGAAUAGCCAGUUUACUGUUCUUAACUGUAUGCUGUGUGCAUGCUCGACAAUCAUUCUCUCAGGUUCGGAGGGCUACAGCUUUACCUUUUCCCCGUUUGAGUGCGGCGCGUGGCGGAGACGAAUGAUCCUCAGUGGGCUGUAGCAUCUACCUGUGACUCCUCUCUUCUCGACACACAGUCAAACACCGCUCAAACACACUUGCUGAACCAUAGAUUUGUUAAGGCCAAACUCUAGUUUACUCCUCUGUAUAUGAAGUAUUUUUGAUUUCUACUUGAGCGUAGACUCAGCAUGUGUGUUGAGGCGGUACAUGCUUUUGUUAGAAUGUAAGAGAACAAGUCUUCCUCUAGAUGUCUCAUGAAAAGAACUCUCGAUGUCAGAACAGUUUGUCCAAGUAUUUAUUCCUGCAACAGAAACUGAGCAGUGCGUGUAACAGCCAUCCGCUCAGGUUCUUCAUCAUCUCUACCCAUAAAUGUUCCAAAUUAGAACAUUAGCGAGGUGGCCAUUCUCUCAUGCGAUGAGUCGAAAUUCAAUGUCUUUUAAAAGUGUCCUUUUUUUCUAGGAACCGAUUGGAAGCCAUGACUUUCUAUAUGCUAUUUGAUUUAAAUAAUAAGGAGGAUAAUAAUAAUAUCGUGCCACGUUUCUCUGCAUGGUGUUUUGAUUUGGAACCCAGUUUUUUCUAAGUGUUUUACUGCAGAAUCCUAAAAUCUACAGUGCAAGUAUUAAUAAUUCCCUGUAGAAUUUAGCACGUCUGUACCUUUAUAAUGUGUUUCACUUGCAGAUUAUUAUUGGCAAGCAAGACAAAUAGGCCACUUUUAGAGAAAAGAAAAUAAAGCUGAUUUUAUCGACGACUGUCGUCUUCGUUGUUUUUGAAACGGUGCGGGUGUGUGAGCGAGUGGAUGCUGCCCCCUUUCGGUGGAGAAGUGUAGUGACUUAAAAAAAAAAGUGUUUUUUUAUUUUGCUAAAUAAACCACAUGGCGACUCAAAAGAUAUUCUGACUCAGACAACUCCAGAUAUAUUACCUCUGGAUCCUCAUUCCA